AUGUGGAAUGGGCUGCUACAAGCUGUGGAGCGCCGAUGGCGACGGGACAGCGAUGCUCGGAAUUCUCAGCUCAAGUUAUUGGGUGGUGCGGGCGUGGUGAUCGGCGCAGUGCUGCUGGUGGCACGACGCCUUGCAGCGAAGUCCCAGCCUCCACCAGACGACUCCUUGGGCUUUACGGCCCUCGUUCAGACAGAUCAACAUCGGAGGCAUCGCGCGCUGCAAGCUGUCGGCACCAACCGUAGCCGAGCGCUGCCGACUUCUGGGAGCCCCCCGGUUCCCGACGUCAGGGCCUCCUUCGCGGCCAUGGGGCAAAAUGGUCAGGUGAUCAAGGUCAACAAGGGAAGUGUGUGGCCUCUGGACCACUAUAAGAACUACAUGCCUCCGUAUGCUGAGCACAUCGAGUCGAUCCAGCGCUUCAAGGGCAACUACCUUGUCUUCUCAGGAGCGGAAAGCGACGCGGGCGACCUCUUCAUUGCCGUUUUGCAGGGCACUGGCUCGGGCCCUCUUGGCCCGCUGAGUGGGCAGGUUGUGAAGCGGGUGAUCGUGGACUCGACCCUGACCCAUGCUGGUGGCCUUCAGAUCAGUGGGGAUUUGCUGGCAAUUGGGGCCGAAGCGCAGUGCUCACCCAUGCAAAGAGUGUUUGGAGGCUGCAGCAAAAGAUCGCAGGUUUUCUUCUUCGACGUGUCUGAUCCAACGAACCCAGUCAAGCUACCUACUGUGAUUGACAGGCCCGGUAAGACUGCUGGGGCUGUCGGAAUUGGACGUCAGGAAAAUGGUAAGUGGCUAGUAAUGGUGGGUGAUGGUGACAACAACAAUAUCGAUAUCUACUCGGAGGGGGAUGAUGGAUCCUUCAGCCUCAUAGCAUCUUGGAGCAAGUACGAGCUUCUGAAGGAUGCGGGCGUGGCUGGUGGCUACAAAUCCUACCAGAACAUGAACAUUCUCCUCCAGAGCGAUGGGCAGAUUUUCAUCGUGUGCACCGCGCUCUCUUCCAUGAUCAUGGGCUCUGACUACUUCGAUCUCUUUACUGUGCAGCCUUCUGAGGGCAGGGCUACGAUCACCAUGGUAUCCUCCAAAAAGGCCACCUGCCACGGUUGUACCUUCGCCGCUGGCGCAGGGAUCUAUGUGAAUCCGGAGAAUCCUUCACAGAUGCUGGGCUAUGCGUCGGGCUGGUUGCCCUCUUCGAACUCGCUUUCAAGCUUUCCAGCGAAAGGCGAUACCAUCUUCGUCAACGAGUUCUGA